GGGUGCUGCACCGCCCUCUCCUGCAACGCUUGCUACAAGACCACCGGCAACCCAUCCAUCCAUCCAUCCAUCCUACCAUCCACCCACCCCCCUCCCCCUCCUUUCCUCAAAACUCACCAGCAGUAACUUGCCCGCUGCAGCGAGAAUCCCUCUCCAGCAUCAACACGACAACAGCAGUGGCAACUUAAAAGAAAAUAACGUGUUGGCGUUUUCGUCCAAUAACCUCAGGAUUAUUUUGCCGUGAUAUUACUUGCAUCUCUCCCCGACCACCCACCCAUCAUCUCCACCCAAUACCUCCACCCUUCUCCCCAGGAUGCCGCGAUCAUUCCUAGUUAAGAAACAUUUUAGCACCAGCAAAAAGCCAAAUUAUGGCGAACUGGACACGCAAACAGUCAUCAUUUCUCCCUACCUGUACGAGAGUUAUCCGAGGCCGAUCAUCCCUCAGCCGGAGAUUUUGACUUCUGGCGUUUACAAUCCCGGGAGCGUCUGGAGCAGCGUCUGUUCGGCCCUGCUGCCAUCUCCUGUCCCCAGCGAUCCCGUGCCCGCCUCUGAAUAUACCGCCGUUCAACCUUCGCCCCUGAGCAACGGGAGCAUGUGCCCGGCCGCCCACCUCAGCCCCCGGCACCAGUCCAAGUGCGAGCGGCUCGCCGGUGUUGCCAACGGCUCGGAGACCUCGGGCAGCGACGAGGAGGAGAGGAUCGGCCGAAAAGGCUUGGGCGAGAGCGCCUCGGACGCGGAGAAGUUUCGAUGCAACUUGUGCAGCAAGGCGUACUCCACUUUCUCGGGACUGGCUAAACACAAGCAGCUCCACUGCGACGCCCAGACGCGAAAAUCCUUCAGCUGCAAGUACUGUGAAAAGGAGUAUGUCAGCUUGGGAGCCUUGAAGAUGCACAUCCGGACCCACACACUGCCCUGUGUGUGCAAAAUCUGUGGCAAGGCGUUCUCCAGACCGUGGUUACUCCAAGGGCAUAUCAGGACACACACGGGUGAGAAGCCUUUCUCUUGCCCACACUGCAGUAGAGCAUUUGCUGAUCGAUCUAACCUGAGAGCACAUCUACAAACUCAUUCAGAUGUGAAGAAAUAUCAGUGCAAAAACUGUGCCAAAACUUUCUCCAGAAUGUCACUUCUUCACAAACAUGAAGAAUCGGGAUGUUGCAUAGCACACUGAGAAACAUGGAUUAUAUUAAGGACUAAUUAUGUUUGCAAGCUCACUAUACUAACUGCUCUCUGUUCCAUCAAGAUAUAAUAAUUUUCAAUUCCUGAAGCGACCUUUCAUAAUUUACAUGUAGGGAACAAGUCUUGAAAAAAUAAGUUGUGAUUAAGAAUAUUCAAACUAUGCACAGCACCACGAAGUGCAAUAUCAUUUGGAAUAAUUCCUUUGUGCCUUCAAUCAAUGCAGCUGCACAUUGCGUGACUAUAUAAUGUAAAUACUCUAUUUUUGUAUUUGGAUUCAUUAAAUCAGAAAAUGAACUAAAUGCAGAAGUGCAACAAGACAAGGUUAAUGACAAAGAUUUAUUUGUUACAGCCUGCACGCUGAUAUGUUUAGCCAUGUAUUUUUCACCUACUUUUUAUUAAAAAAAACAUGUUUUGACUUUAUAAUAAAACUAUUUUUAAAUAUC